AACCAUUUUUCAUUUAACAAGAAAAAAAAAUUGAAUAUUGUUUUGUCUAUUUGUCAAAAAAUUUAACAGCAAUUUUUCAAAGGCCACUUUGCAAUCGGAGAAGAAACAGUCGAUUAUUCCAUUUUCCUUGAAAUGAAACGAGCACGACGACGUUAAACUCAUUCAUUUCAACACUCUCUCUCUCUAAAACUCUCGCUCUGUUCUGUUUUGGCGCUUCGCUAUGAGCUCAAGCGAAUCGAAUAGACAACGAUGUUCAUCUUCAACGGGGGAAUCCAAACCUCAAUGUAAAGUACUUUUAUUUUUGGCAUACCAGAGUUUGGGCUUUCUGUUUGGUGAUAUCAGCCUCUCCCCUCUUUAUGUCUAUCAAAGUAUAUUUUCUGGGAGACUGAAACAUGUUCAAAGUGAGGAUGCAAUAUUUGGCGCAUUUUCUUUGAUUUUUUGGACUCUCUCUAUCAUUUCUCUGUUGAAGUAUGCUAUUUUCAUGUUGAGUGCAGAUGAUAAUGGCGAAGGAGGGAUUGUUGCUUUGUAUUCUCUCCUUUGCAAAAAUGCAAAAUUUUGUUUGCUUCCUAAUCAUCAAACAUCUGAUGAGGAGCUAUCUACAUAUCGCAAGCCUGGUUACUCAAAUAGAAAUAUACCACCCUCAUAUUUGAAAAAAUUCAUUGAAAAACAUAAGAGCACAAAAAUUAUUUUGCUUGUUUUUGUUUUACUUGGUGCUUGCAUGGUAAUUUGUGUUGGUGCACUCAUGCCUGCUGUUUCAGUUCUUUCAUCCAUUGAAGGGUUGAAAAUUGAAGCGAAGAUUAAAAAUAAUAGUAUGGUGCCCCUGAUUUCCUGUGUUCUACUGGUUGGACUCUUUGUUCUGCAACACCGUGGCUCCCACGCGAUUGCUUUCAUGUUUCCCCCCAUAAUCAUCCUAUGGUUACUAUCUAUUCUCAUGAUUGGCAUUUACAAUAUCGUCAAGUGGAAUCCAAGCAUAUAUCGGGCUCUUUCUCCAUAUUAUAUAUAUAAAUUCUUUUGGGUUACAGGAAAAGGUGGUUGGGCUAGUCUUGGAGGGGUAUUUUUGUGUGUUACAGGAGCUGAAGCUAUGUUUACAGAUCUUGGGUACUACAAACAAGCACCUGUAAGGGCUGCAUUUUCUUGUAUCAUUUACCCAUGUCUAAUUCUUCAGUACAUGGGGCAGGCUGCUUUUCUUUCAAAGAAUUUAUCUGCAGUACCUAUAAGCUUUUAUGCUUCUAUUCCAGAUGUCUUCUUUUGGCCGGUAUUUGUGUUGGCUGCUUUGGCUGCAAUAGUUGCAAGUCAGGCUGUCAUCUCUUCGACAUUCUCAAUUGUCCAACAAUGCCAUGCAUUUGAAUGUUUGCCUCGUGUCAAGGCAAUACAAUCUAGAAGAUGGAUCAAUGGUCAGACGUAUAUACCAGAGAUAAACUGGAUUCUUAUGGUAAUCAGCCUGGCUGUGACAGUUGGAUUUGGAGACACAGGCCGUAUAGUAUAUGCUUAUGGGAUUGCAAGUCUGUUUGUGUCAUUUGUGACUACAUGGUUGACAUUACUCGUCAUCAACCUUGUAUGGCAUCGAAGUCUCAUAGUUGCUAUGGCAUUUCUCUUAAUCUUUGGUUCAAUAGAAGUCCUCUUUCUCUCUUCUUAUUGCAUGAAAAUCCCAAUAGGUGGCUGGGUUCCAAUUGUGCUCUCCUCCCUCUUCAUGGUUGUUAUGUAUGUCUGGCAUUAUGGUUCUAGAAAAAAGUAUUUCUUUGAUAUGCAUAACAAAGUUUCAAUGAGGGGGGUCCUUACAUUGGGUCCUAGUCUUGGGAUUGUAAGGGUUCCAGGGAUGGGCCUUAUCUAUACUGAAUUAGCGUCUGGAGUUCCUGCCAGUUUCACUCAUUUCUUGACAAAUCUUCCAGCUUUCUACCAAGUGGUUGUUUUUGUUUGUGUUAAGACCGUCCUUGUGCCUUCUGUGCCCCAUGCAGAACGUUAUCUCAUUGGUAGAAUUGGUCCGAAAUCCUAUCGGUUGUAUCGAUGCAUUGUUCGAUAUGGUUACAAAGAUGUUUAUAGCCAUGAAAAUGAUUUUGAAAAUGAACUGGUGAUGAGCAUAGCAGAAUUCAUUCAACUGGAAGCUGAAGGUUGUUCUGGAAACCAAGAUGGUACUGCAGAUGGCCGUAUGGCGGUUGUUAGAACGUCUGGGAAGUUUGGAACAAGAUUGCGAAUGUCAGAAUCUGCUGGUGUUGAAGAAAACGACAGUAAUAAUCUUCCCGGAGCUUUGACUGUUACUAGUAGUAAAUCUCCGACAUUGAAGAAGCUGCAGGCCAUGUAUGAGCAGGAAUCACUUGAACUUAACACUAGACGGAGGAUUAAAUUUGAGCUUCUAAAUACAAUAUAUAGAGAUCCACUAGUAAAGGAGGAGCUCAUGGAACUUGUGGAAGCCAACCGCGCAGGAGCAGCAUAUGUAAUAGGCCAUUCUCAUGUAAAGGCCAAGUGGAAUUCCUCCUUUAUGAAGAAGUUUGCUAUAAACCUAUACUCUUUUCUUCGGAAAAAUUGUCGUUCCCCAGCUGUUGGACUAAAUAUUCCCCAGACUUGUCUAAUUAAGGUAGGAAUGAAUUACCAUGUCUAGCAUUAAGAUGCUGAAAAUAUUGUGACCGCGGAUGUGAUUUAUGCAACCCAGAAAAAAUGCCGCCUGGGCUUUCUCGACCAGCAAGAUUACGCUACUUUGGUAUAUUAAACUGAUAGGAAUGUCAUUCAAGAAUCUCCUCUUGGCAUUGUUGGAAGAAAGCUACAUUUAAUUGCCAAGAAUUUUGACUUUGAUGGCGCUGACUAGGUAUGUGAAUUACUAUUUUGUUGGAUAAGGAGUUAUGUUGGGGUCUCUUACCUGUUUAAUGUGUUUUUGAGCUUCCCAAAUUACACUUUUGAGAGUCAGGUCUGUCUUAAGUCUAGUUUUGUUGAAGUACUUUGCAUGUAAGCAUCUAAUGCUUCCCUUGUUCAUUUUUGUAAUCAUCCUCAGCAUCGCGAAACAAGGAAAUUAUUUGUAAUCAGAAAUGGAAAGUUAUACAUAAACUAUAUAGGUUUGAAUUUUUCAUCUA